ACGAUUCCAUUAUCACUCAAUUACGACGUUGGCUAGGACAUUGUGGAAAAUUGACAUAUCGGUUGUUAAAAGGAAUCAGUCAAAUAAUGUUAUGCUAUUAUGAAUGCACAAACAAGAGAAGAAAUACAAUAUAUUUUUACAAUUACCUUUGCUGUGUACGCGUGACAUAUUCGUCGUGAUAAAGUCUGGAUUCGAAUUCCUAAUCCCGAAAUUGUCUAAACCUAAGAAGAUAAUUAAACACAGAGGUCUUUACUCACCAACAGCUCUUCACAAUGCAUACCUAAAAGUAAAAGACAGUGGCUUGCCAGUAAGAACUGUUGCAAAACAGUAUGGUGUUCCCCAUACUACACUAUGGGACCGUGUGAAAGGGGUUAUUGACCCUGGAUGCCUCAAACCCGGACCAGCUCCACUCUUCUCUCAGGAAGAAGAGGUCAAACUAGUUGACCAUGUCAAGACAAUGGCUGCCCUUGGGUAUGGUUAUACUAUCCGUGAAGUUGUAGCAAGUGCUACAAACUAUGCAGUGUUCCUUGGUAAGAGGCCAAAUGAUAAACCUUUGUCUGUGAAAUGGUUUAAGGGUUUCCAGCAGCGAUGGCCUGAGUUGCGAGUUGUUCGUCCGAGGGCACUGUCCAACUACAGAGCUGAAGCCACAUCAGAGGCCAAUGUUCAUGAAUAUUUCAACAAUUUGAUGAGCGUUGUUGAAAAACAUGACCUCCACAACAAACCUGAGUGUGUCUAUAACGUUGACGAAAAAGGUAUCCAAACAGAGCAUACCCCACCAUUCAUAAUAAGUGGCACAUUGAAGGCACCAGCAGUUACUUCGUCAGGGUCCUGCGUUACAACAAUAAUUGGAUGCGGCAACGCAUUAGGCACACAGCUUCCACCAUUCUUUGUGUUCAAAGGGAAACGCCUGAAUGCAGAUCUGUUACAAGGGUCUACACAAGGGUCAUCAGGGUGUAUGUCUGACAGUGGCUGGUCAAAUUCAGCUGUGUUUUUAAACUACAUGGACACCCAUUUCCUCAGAUAUGUGCAAAGAGUGAACAAGUCACAGCCUAUCCUUGUUCUGCUUGAUGGCCUUAAAAGCCACAUAAAUGUUCUAGUGCUGGAUUGGGCAAAGAAGAAAAACAUUAUUCUAUUCAUCUUACCGGCCCACACAAGCCAUGUCCUUCAACCCCUUGAUGUGGGUUGUUUUGGACCCCUUCAAAAAAUCUACAACUCCAUGUGUCACAGAUUUAUCAGAGAAAAUCCCUCUACAAAAAUCACAAGGUACAAUGUUGCUCCUCUUGGAUCUGCUGCAUACGUAGCAGCAACGUCUGUCGAAAAUCUUCGAUCUGCCUUCAAGAAAUCAGGUGUAUUUACUGUUGACGAGUCAGCUGUUAGCAAGGGGCAUUUUACCACUUCGCUACCAUAUGUUGCUGAACCAUCUGUUCCUGAAAUCAACAAAAACAUGCAUGAAAGAAAUCCUGAUGGUUUUUUUACGAAGCAGAAGUUGUUAUUAACAAAAAGAAAGAAUUUAACAAAGGAAAGAAAAAGAACAACAUUCUUGAAUUUACAUCUGGCAAAGUAAUAGCAGAUCCGGUAAUUGAACAGAAACUAAGGGAAAGAGCUAAAACAACAAAUGAACAGAAAAACAAGCAACAAACUGAACAAUCAAACAAACAUUCGAAGCUUAUGCC